CUACUCUCACGAAACCGAUAGUCCGUUUCUGGAUACCCGCCAGAACACGUCAGCGCGUAACGUACGCCUUCACUUUCAUUCGAAGGCCGACGCUGGACUUGAAAGACUGAAAAGAAACGAACUAAAAGCGUUUAAAAUAUAGGUAUACGGCCAGCGGCAACCACUGGUGAGACAAUCGAUCCUGGUGGAACGUCCAUUAACAGUUCAACAUGAAUACAAUACACAAGGUUGUACAAUGCUUGACAGGCGUGGUGUGGCUUACUUUGCAAAUUUUUUAUUAUUUCUGCGAGAGCAUAUACCAUAGCUUGUUCGGAUUACAGGAAAACAGUGUGACCGAUGAAAUCGUUUUGAUAACAGGUGCAGGUCACGGUAUAGGAAAGGAAUUGGCGAUUCAAUACGCAUGUUUGGGCGCGAAAGUGGUGUGCUUAGAUGUGAAUAAGCAAACAAAUGAGGAAACAACACAGGAGAUUAAAACACUUGGAAAAAGUUCCGUCUAUGCUUAUCACUGUGAUGUAACCAAAAGAGAAGACGUUUUUGCAGUAGCAAAAAUAAAGGAAGAAGUUGGAGAGGUUACAAUUCUGGUUAACAACGCUGGUAUAAUGCCAUGCCGUGUUUUUCUGGAUUUUACAACCGAUGAAAUUAUGCAAACUUUCAAGGUUAACGUGUUAGCACACUUUUGGAUGUUGCAAGCAUUUUUACCAAAUAUGAGAAAAAAUCAUGGCCACAUUGUCGCGCUCUCAUCCAUGGCAGGCAUCGUAGGUUUUCCUAACUUGGUUCCUUACUCCGCUUCAAAACAUGCAGUCAGUGGGCUAAUGGAGGCACUCGACGAUGAAUUACGAAUGCAUAGUGAAGGAAAGUCUCAAAUAAAGUUCACUACCAUCUAUCCUUACAUGGUAGAUACGGGACUUUGUCAAAAGCCAAAGAUAAACAAGCUGUUUAAAGCAUUCUUAGCACUAAAUUCAUCGAAAGAUACAGCUGCGCAAAUAAUUAGCGCACAACGUCAAAAUAUAAAAAGAAGAUCCGUGCCAUCAUUUUGGUUAUCAUUCGUUGCAUUUAUUAGAAGUUUACCAGAAAAUGUAGUAAUUACUGUAAAAGACUUCCUGGACACUGGCGUCGAACCACACAGUUAAUAUACGUACGAUCAGUGGUGUCAAACUUUCAAAGGUUUAUGAAAAAAGAAAAAAGAAAUUUUAACAAAAAUCCUUUUUAAUCGCGUUAUUAAUAUAAAAUAUAGAAAAGAGAAAAUAUUUUUAGUGAUAAACAAUAUAUGUAGAAAUAUUAUAGGAGGUAUAUGGAAUGUGAUUUACGUCUUUAUUAAAUAAAAAGGUAUCACUUAAUUAAAA